UGCGCCUCGGUUUCUAUUCCGACCUGUCCUCGCGCCGCUCUCACAGGAGCCUCAGUCCAGAGCCGCCGUCCCCCCGUCUGUGUCCGGAUCUGCCGAGUCCCUUUUACCCGCUGCUGCUGCUGCCGAGAGCCCCGACAAACAGGAACCAUGGAGGCCAUCAAGAAGAAGAUGCAGAUGCUGAAGCUCGACAAGGAGAACGCGAUUGACCGGGCAGAGCAGGCUGAGGUCGACAAGAAGGGAGCAGAGGACAAAUGCAAACAGCUGGAGGAAGAGCUGCUGGGUCUGCAGAAGAAGCUGAAAGGCGUGGAGGAUGAGCUGGACAAAUACUCCGAGUCGCUGAAGGACGCCCAGGAGAAACUGGAGCAGGCAGAGAAAAAGGCCACAGACGCCGAGGCAGAGGUGGCGUCUCUGAACAGGCGCAUCCAGCUGGUGGAGGAGGAGUUGGACAGAGCUCAGGAGAGACUGGCAACUGCUCUGCAGAAGCUGGAGGAGGCGGAGAAAGCAGCAGACGAGAGUGAGAGAGGAAUGAAGGUCAUAGAGAACAGAGCGACCAAGGACGAGGAGAAGAUGGAGAUCCAGGAGAUGCAGCUGAAGGAGGCCAAACACAUCGCAGAGGAGGCCGACCGCAAAUAUGAGGAAGUCGCACGUAAGCUGGUGAUCCUUGAGGGCGACCUGGAGCGUUCAGAGGAGCGAGCUGAGGUGGCUGAGGCUAAAUCAGGUGACCUUGAGGAAGAGUUGAAAAAUGUCACCAACAACUUGAAGUCACUGGAAGCCCAGGCUGAGAAGUACUCGCAGAAGGAGGACAAAUACGAGGAAGAAAUCAGAGUUCUCACAGACAAACUGAAAGAGGCUGAGACUCGUGCUGAGUUUGCAGAGAGAUCUGUGGCCAAGCUGGAGAAGACCAUCGACGACCUGGAAGAGAAUCUGGCCCAGGCCAAAGAGGAGAACCUGGACAUGCACCAGGUGUUGGACCAAACUCUUCAGGAGCUCAACAAUCUAUAGAGACACAUACAGACCUGACUGACGGAGCACAACAACAAAGAAAAUACAAUUUAAAAAUAAAAAGUUUUCUUUAUAAACUCCCAGCACUCCUACAGUACAUAUACAGUUAGUGUAAAAUCAGUUUAAAACGCUCAAACUAAACUAAACAUCGUAGAAACACUGAAAACAACAAAACCUCAACGACCAGUAGAACAAACUAAUAUUUGUUGCCUUUAAAUGGUGUUUACGAGAGUUUACCGCCUCCCUCGCGUUUCAAAAGUGGAUAGUAAGUUGAUUUGUGUGUAUGUUUAAUUUGUACGAGGAAAUGUUUUCCAAGGACCAAAAAUGUUUUGUUUCUCCGCAUCGUCAUUCCUGUGCGUUACUCGUGCGCUAGCCAGUGUUUCUGUUGCCAAGCAACGGUGUUCUCUCACAACUUCACCAUUUCAACGCCAAGUAUGUCGCAGACAAAAAAUCCAGAAAAUGUCAUCAAUUGACCAAUUGAUUAAUUUCAGGUAUUUUAAGUGUAAAAUAGUGAAUUUUUGACAUGUUGUUGCUUUAAUUGAAAAUACAGUGUAAACAUUUGAAUAAAGUUAUUUAUAACAAGUAAAAAUAAGUGAUAAUAAAUUUAAGUUUACUUUGUUUGACAGUACAUUGGCAAAGCAAAUGUGUUUAUAUAGCAGUAUUCAUACACAAGGCAACUCAAAGUUUAGAAAGCAUAGAAAUACACAAGAAUAAAAUUAGAAAUUAAAAUAGUCAUUAAAAUCAUGAGAGACAACAGUGAUUUGCCAUAGAAAAUGUGCAUUUUAAAGACAAGAAUGAAUCAAUAACUAAGAUGAUUAUUUAAGAAUUUAAGAAAAAGGCCUGAUUUAAAUAAGAGUGACAGUCUGAGCUCAGACCUCAGAAGAACAGAACGCUGCUUCACUUUGUUUGGUUCUGUAUGUGGGAAACACUCAGAAAACUUGUUCCUGAUGAUCUUAGGGCUCUGGAUGCUUCAUAGGGAACUAAUAAGUCUUUACAUUUUCAAAUGUAUCCUUUGACUCACGGGAAGCCAGUGUAGAGACCUGAUGACUGGUCUGGCGUGAUUAGUCAGGUUGUAAACACCAUUUAAAGGCAGCCGUGUUGAAAGUUGACAUGAAUGAUGUGCUGGGAGCUGUAACCUUGAUUUUAACAUGGAAGAAAAAAUCUUUCUGAAAUAAUAAACUUCAUUCCAACAUGUA